GGCCUAAUUCAACGUGUGCCAGAUAAAUCAUCAAAUUCUAUUAGUGACAGACCAAAUCUAAGUGUGCCAGAUAAAUCAUUGAAUUUUCUCAGCGGCAGGACUAAUUUAACAUGUGCCAGUUGAACGGUUACACAAUUGUUUGGAUGGUAACGUUGCUUUAUACCUCUCAGUUACAGCGGGUCUUGGGUAAGGAACAGCCCGCAGUCAGCCAUCAUUUGAAAGGCAAAGUAGAAAUGACAGACAUCCACAUCCAGAGAGAGGCUAAAAGAUCAGAACAUAGGACCAAAGAUCCUCCGACCCCCGCCAUGGUUGAAGUUUACGGCAAUCCCAAGCUGCACCAUAAGGUCAAGCUCCGAGUGACCACCGCCUCUCACCUCUACAGCCUCGAUCUGAAGAAAGUUCAGUCAGUUCUACACAGCAAUGUCAAGGUCAUAACUGUAGGAGCAACACCAGACGGUCGUCCUGACUUCGUUGUGGGGGACAUGGAGCCGGACAUAGUGGAGCAGUCUAAGAUGUUUUUUCACAACCCGGACACGGGGACUGUGGUCAGCCUGAGGAUCCAGGGGGACGGGCACUAUCACGUGGAGGGCCAUUUAGACCAUGUUAGGAUCAUAGCUCCGCCCCAUUCAAGGGCCCGUCACCCUCGUACAACAGACAGCAGAAGUCACUUUGUUUACAAAUCAGUCGACAACUUGGAUAUCGACACCGGCCAUUUUGAUGACGUCAGCAGCGGUACCUACAGGAUUAUCAGCAGUCCAUCAAACAAGCAGACGGAUAGCAGCCACGGAGCGAAUGGGGGCGACGACGAGAAGUUUCUAAUGAAAUCAAAACGGGAAGAGAUACAGCGGAUCUUGAAGACCAACAGACACAUAGACAAGCAGGCGGCAAUGAGAUGGGCCAGGGCGCGGGGCUAUGAAAUGGAUGACGAUGAUGACGAUGAUGAGGGGGAUGACUAUAUGGAAGUUCCAAAAUCAUUCGACGACCAGAAGUUGUGGAGCCCAAGAAAUGGUCAAAAAGAAAAGUUAGCAAACGGUCUUCCAUACCCAGACGAAAAAAAUAAGGGAAAUGACAUGAAUAGCCUUCCAUAUCCAAUCGAUAAACACAACGGAAAGGGGGAUACUGAAACAACCAACCGACCAUUACCGGAAGAGAGAAAUAAAGGUCAUAACGCAACCAAUGGCAUUUCAUACUUAGACAACAACGAGAGAAAUGGACAAAAUUCAACAAAUUACUUGCCAAACAAGGACGAUAGAGGAAAAACCCACAGUACAACAAAUGAUCCACAUUCAAAUGGCCUUCCAUACCAUAAGGAGAUCGAGAAAAACAAUUAUAAUUCACAAAAUGGUCUUCCAUAUCAAAAGGAAAACGAGAAAAGCAAUCAUAAUUCGGCAAAUGGUCUUCCAUACCAAGAUGAGAAAGAAAUAAAAGAAAACCACGCAAAUGCCGCUGCUUACAAAAAUGACAAAAGAAAAAGCCAGGAAGAACACCAAGUACCAGACGAGAGGCAGCCCCAGCAGACGAGAGCAAAGGUCAGACGCAGGAAGAGACAGAGUGCAACUGAGUGGCUGACCAGUGACAUCCCGGCAUUCUUCGAUCCCCGUCAGGACAGCCCCACAGUCAAGACAGCGGGACCUUACGUUGUUGAGGUGAUGUCUAUGAUUGACGCUAAAGCCUACGAAGAAUUCAACUACGACUGGAAGGCUCUACAGAUUUACCUCCUCCAUUUUUGGCAGUCUGUCAACGCCAGAUUUCAAGCCAUGAUAGAACCUAAAAUUAGCAUACGUGUCAAGUCUAUUGCCAAAGUGAUGUUUUCAGGGUUCCAGCCCUUCAUUGAGAACAACCGAAUCGAGGCUGGCACGGAGCUGGUUGACGUCACCGGAGUUCUGACGGAGUUCAGGAACUUCAUCCGAGAGAACUACGAGUCAAAUCCGGCACUACCGGACCAUGACGUCGCCAUCUUGUUGACCGGAGAAGAUCUGUGCAAGAAAAAAUUAGACGGGACUUGGUCUCUAGGAUCUAAAGGAAUAGCGUUUGUCCGAGGGGGAUGUAUUUCUUCCAGAAGGUUCGCCAAUCAGAGCUACGACGUGGGCGUGGCCGAAGUGGGUCGCAGUUUUAGAGGCGUGUUGACCACAGCCCACGAAGUUGGACAUCUGAUCGGCGCCUUCCACGACGGCGAGAAGAACUCCUCCCUGUGCCCACCGUCCAGCGGGUUCAUCAUGUCCAGCGACUGGACGGACCCGCUGCUCUACAACAGGUUCUCCAACUGUUCCAGGCAGAACUUCAGGCACUUUCUAGAGAACACGUGGUACUCUCAGUGUCUCGUCAAUUCUGACUCCAACUACACCACGGGCUACGACCUACCCAAUCAACUUCCGGGUCAGGUUUUUACACUGACCGAGCAGUGUCUGCAGUACAUCGAUGGCGUCCCUUGCAGUACCGUCGCUCUGGAAUCACAGUGUGGUCAGCUGUGCUGUGAGAAGUGGUCCCAGCCCUUCCCCAGCAAGGAGCCAGCAGCCGACGGGACCUUCUGCGGACCUGGCAAGGUGUGUUACAACGGCGCAUGUCUUCAACAAGAGCUCGUGUCAUUCCAGAUCUAAAACCCAUCUCAUCUAUUUAUAGAAGCAAC